AUGGACGGCGACGAGCUGAUUGCCUCGGUCUACCGCAAGAUCGAGCGGGAGAAGGCCCUCAUCACCGCCGCCAGUAACAUGCGACAGUCCACCGACAAUGUCCUAGUGCAACAGCGUGUCGAUGCCAACAUCCGCGAUGGCCGCAAAAACAUCGCCUACCUCGAGGAGAAGAUGCGAGAGCUGCAGCUUCGUCAAAUGGAACGGGAAGGUGGUGGCUCCCCCCAUGACUCUCGUCACCAACAGGCUGGAGGACCACCCCUCCCUCCGAAGGAUUAUCCUGGUUACGCGGGUGGUGAAGGCGAUGCGCAUUAUCCUCAGGGCGGCGCGGGGUCGAUGCCUUCGGGCGCCCCGUUCGCUGACCCCCGCCCCUACGCUCCGAUCCCCAAGGCGCGGCCAAAUUACACAAAGCUCGAUCUCAUCAAAUAUGACACUCCCUAUCUCGGCCCGAAGAUUCAGCUCAUGCUGUCUCAACUCGAGUUCAAGCUUAGCGUGGAGAAACAAUACAAGGCGGGUAUCGAGAAGAUGGUCCGGCUGUACCAGGACGAGGGUGAUCGAAAGAGCCGCGCCGAUGCCGAAGGCCGUCGCGUUGAAAGUAACCAGAAGAUUCAGUUGCUGAAGCAGGCCUUGAAGCGAUAUGAGGAUCUUCACGUUGACAUCGAAUCUUCCGAUGCUGCAGAUGAUGAGUCGCUUAGCAGCCCCAACAUGCGCAAGCCCUUGACCGGUCUCCUCACAAUGCGAAUUCAUGCCGUCAAAGAUGUUGACCAUGCCACCAGCUCACGAUUCUCCCGCGGCCCCGAAACAUUCGUUAUUGUCAAGGUGGAAGAUGCUAUCAAAGCCAGGACAAAGGCUACUCGAAACGAUAAAUGGCUCGAUGAAUCAUUCUCUAUUGACAUUGAUAAGGCGAACGAGAUCGAGCUGACUGUUUAUGACAAGUCUGGAGACCGUCCAACACCUAUUGGUAUGCUCUGGGUGCGCAUCUCCGAUAUUGCGGAGGAAAUGCGUCGCAAGAAGAUCGAGACUGAGCUGAAUGCCUCUGGAUGGGUUUCGGCGGACAAAAUGGAUGGGUCGGGCACUCCCCGAUCUGAUCACCACCCAGGAUCUCCGGGCACCUCGCAUGGUGGACCCGGCGGUGCCAGCUUCGGUGGAAUGGUGCCUCCUGGUGGAAAUCCACAUGGCGAGAACCCGAAUGCGCCUCCGACAGUGAUGAUUGAUUCCUGGUUUGCUUUGGAGCCAUUUGGUCGUAUCCAACUCCAGAUGAGCUUCGCCAAGCAACUGAAGGAUCGCCGUCCAUUCGACAUUGGUCUCAACCGACAGGGUGCUGUGCGCCAGAAGAAGGAAGAGGUCCACGAAAAGCAGGGUCACAAGUUCGUCACCCAGCAGUUCUACAAUAUCAUGCGCUGUGCGCUGUGUGGAGAUUUCCUCAAGUAUGCCGCGGGUAUGCAAUGCGCGGACUGCAAGUAUACUUGCCAUCGUAAAUGCUACCCGAAGGUUGUCACCAAGUGUAUCAGCAAGGCAAACUACGAGACCGACCCCGACGAGGAGAAGAUCAACCAUCGGAUUCCCCAUCGUUUCGAAGGCUUCUCCAACCUUUCUGCCAAUUGGUGUUGCCACUGCGGUUACUUGCUACCGUUUGGACGCAAGAAUGCCAAGCGUUGUACCGAAUGUGCGCUUACGUGCCACGCUCAAUGCACACAUCUUGUGCCUGAUUUCUGUGGCAUGUCGAUGGAAGCCGCAAACCAGAUCAUAGACGCUCAGAUUCGCGCAAAGCAUCACAACAAAUCUACAUCUGUCAGUUCUGGUCUCAGCGGUCGUACCCUUCGACCAGGCGGUCCACCGCAAACCCCUCCUAACAAUACCGCCCUUUCUUACCCCCACAAACCCACCAACGGCCCCUACGGGGCGCUUCCCAGACUGCCGUCAGCCGAAGCGUCACCAACAGUUGCCCUCCAGUCCGGUCGCCAACCGUUGUCACCGAAAUCGCCCUCUGCUGGGUCUACUGCACAGAAUGCGCCGACCGUUCCCCCAGGACGCCCUGCACAACCCCCAACGGAAGCGUCCCGUCCUCCAGUGCAGCCACAGCAACCAUCAUCACAUGCCCCCUAUGACCCAAAUUCCUACGUCCCUUUCCAGCAACAGCCUCCGGUUCAGCAGAUUCAGAAGCCCAGUGGGCCCGCUUCCUACCCCAUGCCUCCGCCGCCCCAGCAACCGGUGCAGCCUAUGCCACCCCAGAUGCCCCCGCCACACAAGGAGCCAGAGCCCUCUGCUGUCCAGUCCAAGGCUCGCAUUGGAUUGGAUCAUUUCAACUUCCUUGCCGUGCUUGGUAAGGGUAACUUCGGAAAGGUCAUGCUGGCUGAAACAAAGAGCACUCGGAAGUUGUAUGCCAUCAAGGUACUGAAGAAGGAGUUUAUCAUUGAGAACGACGAGGUGGAAAGCACCAAGUCUGAGAAGCGUGUCUUCCUGAUUGCCAACAAGGAGCGACACCCCUUCCUGCUGAACCUGCACGCUUGUUUCCAGACCGAGACUCGUGUAUACUUUGUUAUGGAGUACAUCAGUGGUGGUGAUCUGAUGCUGCACAUUCAGCGUGGUCAAUUCGGACUGAAGCGGGCACAGUUCUAUGCUGCAGAGGUCUGCCUGGCUCUCAAGUACUUCCACGAGAAUGGCGUCAUCUACCGUGAUUUGAAGCUGGACAAUAUUCUGCUGACCCUCGAUGGUCACAUCAAGAUUGCUGAUUACGGUCUUUGCAAGGAGAACAUGUGGUACGGCUGCACCACUAGUACCUUCUGUGGUACUCCCGAGUUCAUGGCUCCCGAGAUUUUGCUGGACAAGAAGUAUGGUCGCGCUGUGGAUUGGUGGGCAUUCGGUGUCCUCAUCUACCAGAUGCUCCUGCAACAGUCCCCCUUCCGUGGUGAAGACGAGGACGAAAUCUACGAUGCCAUUCUCGCAGACGAGCCUCUCUACCCCAUCCACAUGCCUCGCGAUUCUGUCUCAAUCCUGCAGAAGCUGCUCACCCGUGAGCCCGAGCUGCGUCUGGGCUCCGGCCCCACUGAUGCUCAAGAGGUCAUGUCGCACGCGUUCUUCCGUAACGUUAACUGGGAUGAUAUCUAUCACAAGCGGGUUCCUCCUCCCUUCAUCCCUACCAUUAGCAGCCCCACGGAUACCAGCAACUUCGACCAGGAGUUCACCAGCGUGACUCCCGUCCUCACACCCGUGCAGUCCGUACUGUCGCAGGCUAUGCAGGAAGAGUUCCGCGGCUUCUCCUACACCGCCGACUUUGCUUGA